AUACUGUUCACAGUGGAAGUUCCUUGGUGUUCAGACACAGGACCAAAAUGAGCAACUGGGUGGUAAACGAAGGACUUUCCAUCAUUGUUAUUCUGGCAUGGCUUGGACUAAACGGGUUCCUCUUUUGGUUUUAUUACCGUGUAUAUGACCAAGAAAGGCGAUUUAUCUAUUCUAGAGAGAUUUAUGGGUUAGCCCUAGCCUGGGCCAGAGCUCCAGCAGCAUGCUUGAACUUUAACUGCCUGCUCAUCUUACUGCCAGUAUGUAGAAAUCUUCUUUCCUUUCUCCGUGGAUCAAGUGCGUGCUGUGGGAGAAGUAUACGAAGACAGCUGGACAGGAACCUAACUUUUCACAAAAUGGUGGCAUGGAUGAUUGCCCUACAUACAACUAUCCAUACUGUGGCACAUUUGUUUAAUGUGGAAAGGCUUGUGGAUGCCAGAGUGGAAGCGAAUGGUACAAUUCAAGCUGCUCUUUCUGGCCUUGGGGACAGGAGUAAUGAAACCUACCUUAACUUUGUUCGAUCAAAAGUACCAAAUCCAAUAGGAGGAAUAAAUGUUGCAUUUACAUUUCUUGCCGGCCUCACAGGAGUAGUGAUUACAUUGGCUCUCAUUCUAAUCAUUACUUCUUCUACAAAAACCAUUCGUAGAUCAUAUUUUGAAGUGUUUUGGUACACGCAUCAUCUCUUUGUCAUCUUCUUCAUUGGUCUCAUUAUUCAUGGAGUUGGGAAGAUAGUUCGAGGACAGACUCCCGACAGUCUUAAAAAUCAUACGCCAGAAAUUUGCAAGUCGAAUUAUAGUGAGUGGGGUCAAGAUCCCAAAUGCCCAAUACCCCAAUUUUUUGGAAAUGAACCAGUGACAUGGAAAUGGGUAGUAGCGCCAAUGGCCCUAUAUGUCAUUGAAAGACUUAUCCGAUUUUGGAGAUCACAUCAAAAAGUUGUCAUUACAAAGGUUGUUACCCAUCCUUUUAAGACAUAUGAACUGCAGAUGAAAAAGAAAGGCUUCAAAAUGGAAGUUGGUCAGUAUGUGUUUGUACAGUGUUCUGCAGUAUCCAGACUAGAGUGGCAUCCUUUCACAUUGACUUCUGCCCCAGAAGAGGACUUCUUCAGCAUUCACAUUAGAAUAGUUGGAGACUGGACUGAUGAGUUAGCUAAAGUAUGUGGAUGUGAGAAAACUGAACUUCAGGAAGCUUGGAAACUGCCUAAGAUUUCCAUAGAUGGUCCAUUUGGAACAGCUAGUGAGGAUGUGUUCGAUUAUGAGGUUGCUAUGUUGAUUGGAGCAGGAAUCGGAGUUACUCCAUUUGCUUCUGUCUUGAAGUCUGUCUGGUAUAGGUACUGCAACAAUGCAACAACUCUAAAGUUACAAAAGAUUUAUUUCUAUUGGCUGUGCCGAGACACCCAAGCAUUUGAAUGGUUUGCCGAUUUGCUGCAAUCCCUGGAGACUCAAAUGCAAGAACGAAAUAAUGCUGAUUUCCUCAGCUACAACAUCUACCUCACUGGAUGGGAUGAAAGUCAGGCCACUGCAUUUUCAUUGCACCAUGACCAAGAGAAGGAUGUGAUCACUGGUCUUAAGCAAAAGACCUUGUAUGGAAGACCCAACUGGGAAAAUGAAUUUAAAAACAUUGGAAGCACACAUUCCAACUCCAGAGUGGGUGUUUUCCUGUGUGGACCUGAAAGUCUUGCUGAAGACCUCAGUAAGCUGUCCAUUGCAAACUCCAGUGCAGACCCCAGGGGUGUACACUUCAUCUUUAACAAAGAAAACUUCUAAAAUGAACAAAGAGUCUUCCUUCCAUGAAU